UCGGUCGAUCCCGAGCUCAAGGCGCGCAUUGAGCGCGAGAGCGAGGCCACCUAUUCCUCGGCUCGUCUCUGGGACGACGGCAUCAUCCCUCCCCAGCACACCCGCCAGUACCUCGGCCUCGGUCUGAGAGCCGCCAUGGGAGGCCGCAACGAGAUCAAGGCCGGAGACACAAAGUUUGGUGUCUUUAGAAUGUAA